GUGGAGAGAGCAACCCCUAUUGCGCAAUAAUUGACCCUGCGCAAGCAAAGCCCAAUGUUUUGACACAGAGUGGUUUUGACAUCAACUGGAGUGACCACACUGCUUGGAAACGUGGCUUGACAGUGGCAGAGAACAAAAAAGAGCGAGCUGGAAGACAGGAAUGAAGGAAAGAAUUAUUGAUUUGCGAACAUAUGAUAAGGAAGGUUUCAAAAGAAGAGCAGGCUGUGUUUGCAUCAAAGAUGAAAGGAAAAGUGAGGUACUCCUUGUUUCAAGCUCCAAAUAUGUAAAUAAAUGGAUAAUUCCAGGCGGUGCUAUAGAGCCUGGCGAAGAUCCUGUCUCUGCUGCUGUCAGAGAAGUGGAAGAAGAGGCUGGUGUGAGAGGCAGUGUUGUGGGGUUUCUUGGAAUUUUCCAGAAUGAUGUGUCAAAAAGCAGAACAUACAUUUAUAUCUUAAAAGUGGACAACGAAUGUACCUAUAUGGAGAACAAGGAGAACAGACAAAUAAAAUGGUUUGCAGUCCAGCAGGCUUUAGAAGAGCUAUGUCAUAAACCAGUACAGCAGAAAUAUCUACUCAAGAUGAUGUCAAAAAUUUCCACAUCUGGAGUUGAAGGCAAUGAGUCAUAUAUGGAAAAUAUAAUUACAUAAAAUGUAUCUUUAAACUUUUGCCUGGGUCCUUAUGGCAUUGUAAAGUAAAUGAAAGUAUUGUAUAUAUUUAAAAUGUCGGCUGUCUGGAUGAUUUAUGUAAAUUACCUGCUCUUAAAAGGA